AUGGUGAAGUUUUGAACAGUGCCUCCCCAAGAAGAGUGAUGAGAAAUGGCUUUAGGAAACAAUACCCAGAGAAGUUACUCCAUCAUCCCCUGCUUCAUCUUUGUUGAGCUUGUCAUCAUGGCUGGGACUGUUCUGCUCGCCUACUACUUCGAGUGCACUGAUACUUUUCAGGUGCAUAUCCAAGGUUUCUUCUGUCAGGAUGGAAAUUUGAUGAAACCAUACCCUGGAACAGAGGAUGAGAGCUUCAUUUCACCUCUUGUGCUCUACUGUGUGCUGGCAUCAACUCCGACAGCUAUUAUUUUUAUUGGUGAGAUAUCCAUGUAUUUCAUAAAGUCAACCCGAGAAACCCUAAUUAUUCAAGAGAAAACUAUUUUGACUGGAGAGUGCUGUUACCUGAACCCACUGCUUCGAAGAAUAAUACGUUUUAUAGGAGUGUUUGCAUUUGGACUUUUUGCCACUGACAUAUUUGUAAACGCUGGCCAGGUUGUGACUGGGAACUUGGCUCCCUACUUCCUGACUGUAUGUAAACCCAACUACACUGGAAACGACUGUCGGACCCACCACCAGUUCAUAAACAAUGGCAACAUCUGCACGGGCGAUGUGGAGGUGAUUGAAAAGGCAAGGAGAUCCUUCCCAUCCAAACAUGCUGCUUUGAGCAUCUACUCAGCUUUAUAUGCCACGAUGUACAUCACAAGCACAAUUAAAACAAAGAGUAGCAGACUAGCCAAACCUGUGCUGUGUCUGGGUACUCUGUGUGCUGCGUUCCUCACCGGGCUAAAUCGAGUUUCUGAGUAUCGAAACCACUGUUCGGACGUGAUCGCAGGCUUCAUCUUGGGCAGUGCUGUAGCUUUGUUUCUGGGGAUAUGUGUUGUCCAUAACUUUAAAGGCACUCAUGGAGCUCCUUCUAAACCGAAGCCUGAAGACCCACGAGGUAUGCCGUUAAUGGCUUUUCCAAGAGUGGAAAGUCCUCUGGAGACAUUGAGUGCACAGAAUCACUCUGCCUCUAUGACUGAAGUAACCUGAGAUGGAAGAUGGGCAACAGAAGCUAUUUUUUAUUACCCUCCACUACAGUACUCCAAGACACACAGUUACUAAAUGUCUAACUGUGAUGACCAGUAUUAUGUUAUGUCUAGUUAGAGGCUAAUGUUUUGUACUUUUUUUGUAUGAAAAAGUGAUGUAGCUUGCCCUGAUUUUUUGUCAGCUUUAAUAUUAUUAUGCCAGAAUUGAAAAGCAAAA